AUGGAAGGCAGCAAAGUUGCCAGGCCCCUGUCAACUGAGUUCGGAAGAACAAGACCAAUCAGGGGAAGAUCUUCUUAUGAAGGGAUUGGAAUUGCGGUUGGAUCCGUUAGCUUCCCACUGCUACUGGUUUGUGGAGUAGUACUGAGCCCCAGAACCACGACAAGGUGGAUCCAUCCUGGAGAUAAAUGGGGUUUAAUGAUGAAUGAAGUAGAAAGUGAAACCACUGUACGAAACCUUAUAGAGGAUACGAGUAAGAACAUUUCAUCAUUAUUCGAAUUCCUUUUGAAUAUACCUUAUUCAAGAAAACAAUUUCAUAAGCUUCCAAUGUUUCAAUACAUUUAUCAUAAUAGCGAACUUAUUGCUGCUAUUUACCGUAGCAAAAUUAUGAAAAUCGAUGAUUUUAUUAAUUUAAAAUUGAAAUAUCCCCCUGAUAUAAUAAAAGACCACUUUAAUAUAUUUAAAGCAAACAAUAAGACAUCUGCGUCAUACUUAAGUCAGUUUAUUUACGAAAACUUCGAAAGUGGAGAUUUUGAAUACGAAACUAUCACUCCUGGAGAUUGGAAGGCUGAACCAUACGUAAUAAAACAUAUUCAAGACAACAAGCUCAAAGAAAUGGCUCUUAUGAUAAAUGAUCAUUGGAAAUACUUGGUCCGUAAAUUUAAAAAAUCAGUCGGUACCAACAGGGAGAAAUAUAGUACUUUGUACUUAAAUCAUACAUUUAUAUUACCAUCAAGUAUAUUACGCACAUUUUAUUAUUGGGAAACAUAUUGGAUCAUUCUGGGCUUGUUAAUCUCGGAAAGAACAACUGUUAGAGAAAUAUUAGAAAAUUUUGUAGAUCUUAUAGAACAAUAUGGACAUAUUCCCUCUUCAGGAAGCGUUUAUAUGUUGGGAAGAUCUCAUACUCCACUAUUUGUAAGAAUGGUAUAUGAAUACUAUAAAUAUACCCAAGAUUUAGAAUUUGUACGUAAACAUAUUCCAUCAAUUGAAAAAGAAAUGACAUUCUGGAUACAGUUUCAUUCAGAAUACAAAUCCCAAAUAAAAGAUUAUAUUUUUAAAUAUACUUGUGAUAAAAAUGAUCAAGGUCCUCGACUUGAGAAGUAUAAUCAUGAUAUAGAAUUAUCUAGAAAAUUUGACUCUGAGAAGGAAAAAAAUGAAUUGUAUUGUAAUCUUAGAGCAGCAUCACAAUCGAUAUGGGACCUUUCCAGUAAAUUUUAUGGAAAUGUAUAUGUGGCAUCAUGAUCUUGGAACCUGGUUAGAUUACGAUUGGAAUAAUAGGCAACGACGAAAUAAUUUUUAUUUAUCAAAUUUGACUCCA